AUGCUGCAACCUUCCCGCGCCGUGACGAGCAUCCCUCCAGCCUCGGCAGACUCUCCCCAGCCCACUUCUUCCGCCCGUGUCUCUUUUCCACGAGUCCCGUCCAUUCUCUUGGCACAGCGGGGAAAACAGAGAUGUCGGACAAGUCUAGUCGCCCAUGCGACAGCGAGCAGCAGCGCCGCUUUCGCAGACAAUGACAGCGGCGACGCCAGUGGCAGCAUUUACGGUGACGAUUCCAAGCCUGAGAAUCCCGUGGAGGCCAGCGGGCUGGGGUCAUCGGACGUGCGUCUCGAGGCACGACGCGCGAUCGAUUUCUCGGAGCGCCUCAUGGCCGACCCUUACCUCCCCGUCGAAUCCGCCAUGACCACGCCGGUGGUGACGACGACGCCGGCGAACACGAUCAGCAGCAUUCUGGACCAGUUCGUACACUUCACGGGGCUGCCCGUGGUGGACCGCGAGGGGCACUGCGUGGGCGUCAUCUCCAACAUCGACAUCGCCAAACACCAGCGCCGCUCCUUCAAAAGCGUCGCCGACGCGCUCGUCAAAGAAGUGAUGACAUCUCCUGCCAUUGUCAUCACGGAACAUGCUCCUGUUGCCUAUGCAGCUGGGCUCAUGCUCAAACACAAGAUUCACCGUCUGCCUGUUGUGGAUAACACAAAUGUGGUGGUGGGCAUUCUCACCCGCACGGAUAUCUACGAGCCCCUCAUGCCAGCUGUCAACCCAGUGCUCCAUCGCCUUGUAGGCUUUGAAGAUCCGAAGCCACCCACGGCUAACCUUCGAUCCAGCAACUCUGUCCCAUCCAUGGCGAUCGCGCCAGCGUCUACUCUUCUCGCCAUCUUGGCUCUGAUCGCGUUGGCGUCCAGUGAAUUCCUCCCUGCGCGUGCGAUUGAGAACAAAUGCAGCGCGUGUGUCGCGAUCUCGAAGGAGCUGCUGCUGAUACUGUCCGAGGAGCGGCCGCGCAACCAUCUGGACAUGAGGAAUCGGCUCAACUCAGAGGGCAAGCGCGAGGGCAAGCUCAUCGACUACAGGGUGAGCGAGCUGCGAGCAGUGGAGAUCCUGGACGGGUUGUGCAAGAAGAUGGACAAAUACUCUGUCGUCACUAAGGACGAGCGGCGGGUGUGGAGCUCGCACCGUGACUACUCUCGAUCAGCCAACACUGACAGAAAGAAGCUGAUUCGCGAGGAGCAGGGCAAGGAGAUCAAGCGGUGGUGCGACAGGCUGCUGGAGGAGUAUGAAGAUGAUAUCACGGCACAGCUGCGGGCGGGCGACCUGAACAUGGACGCGGACGUGCCCGCGCUGCUGUGUGCGCGCAUCACACGCAGCUGCAAGCCCAAGGCGCUGGAGCGCGAGGUGCUUGCUGCCGACGACGGCUCCUCCCCCUCCUCCGGUGUGAGCGCCACCGUAUCGCCAGGCACGGGUGGGGGACUGGUGGAUGUGACAGAGGAGGAGAGCACCUCGGGUGCUGGUGGUGAUGCUGCCGCUGACAAGGCUGCACCGGAGCCGACGGCAGCGGUGGAUGAGUUAUGA